AUGGCUUCUGAUUCUCCGGCCAGUAGCAGUUCCGACGGAAGAUCGAAUUACAGCCGAAUGUUGGUUGAGGAUUCCAAUGACGUUUACGGAAUUGGAGGAGCAAUGCUCCCUAUAUUCCUCAAUGAUCUCCAACGCAACAAUGAUAAGGAUUUAGUGGAAGUCACGUUGGAGUUGGAAGAUGAUUCGAUUAUCCUGUGUAGCGUCACUCCCACCGCUAACAAUCCGCAUCCUCCUCCAAUUUCACAAUCGCCAACCGCCGUCACCUCCCGCCUUCGUCGGAAAUUUUCGUGGUUGACAUCGUCUUCCUCACGAGCGUCUUCUACGGAUGUCAGUGUGGACCAUGCGAUCACAUCUCGAGAUGCUAGGAAAUUGAAAGCUAAGUUAAUUCGGACCAAAUCUAGCGCUCAACGAGCGCUAGGAGGUCUGAGGUUUAUCAGCAAAACCACAAACGCAUCCGACGUUAACGAGCUGUGGAAAAACGUUGAAUCGAGGUUCCUGUGUCUAGCUAGGGAUGACGGCCUCCUAGCUCGAGAAGAUUUCGCCGAAUGCAUAGGAAUGGCGGAUUCAAAGGAGUUUGCGUUGGGAGUGUUCGACGCAUUGGCGAGAAGAAGACAACAGAAAUUGGGGAAGAUCACGAAAGCAGAGCUUUACGACUUUUGGUUACAGAUUUCAGACCAGAGUUUCGAUGCUCGUCUGCAGAUCUUCUUUGACAUGGCGGACAGCAACGAAGAUGGAAGGAUCACAAGAAAUGAGAUACAGGAGCUGCUAGUGCUUAGUGCUGCUGCAAACAGAUUGUCGAAGUUGAAAGAACAAGCAGAGGAAUACGCUUCUUUAAUUAUGGAAGAACUAGACCCGGAAAAUCUUGGCUAUAUUGAGUUAUGGCAGUUGGAAACGCUUCUACUACAAAGGGAAGUCUACAUGAACUACAGUAGGCCUUUGAGCAUUGCUAGCGGAGGAUGGAGCCAGAAUUUGAAUUCAUUGAAGCGUACCAGUGUCGUCCACAGGCUAAGUCAUAUUGUCAGGUAUGCCAUGAUAGAGAACUGGCAAAGGACUUGGAUCUUAAUGGUGUGGAUAGUGGCCAUGGCCUGUCUCUUUACAUGGAAAUUUAAGCAAUAUAGAAACAAGGCGGCGUUUCAGGUGAUGGGUUAUUGCUUGACCACUGCUAAAGGGGCAGCGGAGACCCUCAAGCUCAAUAUGGCUCUUGUACUUUUACCCGUUUGUCGAAACAUGCUAACAUUCCUAAGGUCUACACAAGCCAGACUGUUCAUCCCUUUUGAUGACAAUAUCAACUUUCAUAAGAUCAUUGCUUUUGCUAUAGCCAUUGGAAUCCUCCUGCAUGUUGGGAACCAUAUGAUCUGUGAUUUCCCGCGGCUGGUGAACUCCUCGGCAGAAAGUUUUGCUCUCAUAGCAUCGGAUUUCCAUAAUAAAAAGCCUACCUACAAGGAUUUGGUAUUUGGGGUUGAAGGCGUGACCGGAAUAUCUAUGCUGAUAAUGAUGGCCUUCGCCUUCACACUAGCUUCACGAUAUUUCAGAAAGAAUCUGUUGAAGCUGCCAUCACCAUUCAAUCGAUUGACGGGCUUUAAUGCAUUUUGGUUUUCACAUCACCUUUUCGGUUUGGUGUACAUACUGCUUUUGAUUCAUGGAUCUUUCCUGUUCUUGGUCCACAGAUGGACUCAGAAAACGACAUGGAUGUACAUCUCGGUUCCACUCUUAAUAUAUGCUGCGGAGAGGAGUCUGAGAACAGGACGAUCAGAACAUUACUCGGCUAAAAUCAUAAAGGUUUCAAACCUACCAGGAGAUGUAUUCAGCAUAAUCAUGUCUAAGCCAAAUGGAUUUAAAUACAGGAGUGGGCAGUAUAUAUUUCUGCAAUGCCCUUCAAUCUCUCCAUUUGAAUGGCACCCUUUUUCGAUUACUUCAUCACCAGGAGAUGAUUACCUCAGUGUUCACAUCCGAACGGUCGGUGACUGGACACAAGAACUGAAGCAAGUUCUAACCGAUGAUAAUGGUUCUCCAUGCACGAUUGGCCGAGCAAAAUUCAGGCAUCUCCGGGAUGUGGAUUCAAAAGGUUUACCCAGGCUACUGUUGGAUGGACCUUAUGGUGCUCCAGCUCAAGACUACAGGAACUAUGAUGUGUUACUUCUUGUGGGGUUAGGAAUUGGAGCUACUCCUUUUAUAAGCAUUCUUAGAGAUCUGUUACACACCAAUCGAGCGGUGGAAGACCAUACGGAUUCAAACACAGAGACCAGUGUAUCAGGGGAUAGCCUCACGAGUCUAGCGUCUUCGAGUAUGGCAUCAUCGAGCGAUAAGAAGAAAUCGAAAAGAGCCAAAAGUGCAAAUUUUUACUGGGUGACUAGAGAACCUGGCUCCUUCGAAUGGUUCAAAGGAGUAAUGAAUGAAGUGGCUGAAAUGGAUCAUAAAGGUCAGAUCGAGAUGCAUAAUUAUCUUACGAGUGUUUACGAGGAGGGGGAUGCAAGAUCGACACUGAUCACUAUGGUUCAAGCACUUAGCCAUGCCAAACAUGGGGUUGACAUCUUGUCUGGCACCAGAGUAAGGACACAUUUUGCAAGGCCAAAUUGGAGAGAGGUGUUCAGUAAAGUAGCAUCAAAACAUCCCUAUGCCACAGUAGGAGUGUUCUAUUGCGGGAUGCCAGUUUUAGCAAAGGAACUGAAGAAAUUGUCGUACGAGAUCAGCCAGAAGACGUCAACACGGUUCGAGUUCCAUAAGGAGUAUUUCUGA